GCUGGAAGUGGGUUAGGUUCGGCGCGCGAAUGCCCAGCGCCUCGGGCUGAGUGAAGGAGGAGGUUCGUCAGAGAGGCUGCCAGCGGGCGAAGUCUGGGCCGAGCGACCUCAUUUGCGCCAGCCGGUGGACGCCCCGGCGGAACUGCCCCGCGCUGCUGUCCCGCGCUACCUGCCCGAAGGCGCCUGCGCGCUGAGAACCCCGCCCUGAUAUCACCUGUCGGAGCCCCAGGCCCGCGUAGCCGUGCACAUGCGCACUGCCAGCCGCCGGCCAGUGGGGUCACGUGUUGCGCGCGAGCCGCCUCCCCGGCGGGCGCUUCCUGUCGCUACCGGGGCGGCCCAGGGCCCACGGGAGCCCAGGGCGGUGCCGGGUGGGAGAAGGCCGGGGUUUGGCUCGGAUCCACCGCGAGAUAGGUAUCUAGGCCUCCACGAUGCCAGGGCCAAGACCUCGGAAGGGCCCUCAGGCCAGUGGCCAAGGCGUGGCCACUGCCAAGCAGCUGGGGCUCUUUGUGGAGUUUGGCCCUGAGGACAUGCUGCUGGGCAUGGAUGAGGCUGAAGAUGAUGAGGACCUGGAGGCUGAGCUGCUGGCCCUCACAGGGGAAGCACAACCCACGGGCAAGAAGCCAGCACCCAAGGGGCAGGCCCCCCUGCCCAUGGCCCACAUUGAGAAGUUGGCAGCAGACUGUAUGCAGGAUGUGGAGGAUGUGGAGGAGGAGGAGGAGGAGGAGGAGGAGGAAGGGCUGGAGGAAGAUGCAGAGCUGCUGACGGAGCUACAGGAGGUCUUAGGUGUGGAAGAGGAGACUGAGCCCCUGGAUGGUGAUGAGGCAGCUGAUCCAGGCAGCUCUGAGGAGAAGGGCCUGGAAGACACUGAACCUCCAGUGCAGACAGCCAUCCUGACAGCCUCAGCCCCAGCAGCUCAGGCCGGAGCAUCUAAGGGGCUACACAGUUUGCUGGAGGAACGGAUUCGCAACUACCGGGAGGCUGCAGCCAGCGCCAAGGAGGCAGGCGAAGCGGCCAAAGCCAGGCGCUGUGACCGUGGCCUGAAGACCUUGGAGUCACAGCUAGCCGCUGUGAGAAGAGGCAGAAAGAUCAAUGAGGAUGAGAUCCCACCACCAGUGGCCUUAGGAAAGAGGCCCCCGGUCCCUGAGGAACCAGCCAACAGAAGACCUGAGGCAGACCCUCCAGCUCCCCCCGUCUUGGAGUCAGACAACCCCUCCCAACCUGAGACCAGCCUCCCUGGCAUUUCUGCCCAGCCCAAUUCAGACCCAGACCCUCGGGCCCUACUGUCAUCCCGACAGAGAGAGUACCAAGUGGCUGCCCUCAGUGCCAAGCGGGCUGGAGAUCUAGACCGUGCCCGAGAGCUCAUGAGGAUUGGGAAGAGAUUUGGUGCUGUCCUGGAGGCCCUGGAGAAGGGGCAGCCGGUGGAUCUGAGUGCCAUGCCCCCGGCACCUGAGGAUCUGAAUCCCUGGCAGGCUUCUCAGGCCCCCACAGCACCCUCAGUCAUUGCCCCAACCGUGGAGCGAGUGCAACCAGUGAUGGCCCCUGACGUCCCGGCAACCCCAGUGGCCCCUACAGAGUCACAGACAGUGCUGGAUGCCCUGCAACAGAGACUGAACAAGUACUGUGAGGCGGGCCUCCAGGCCCGGAGUGGUGGCGAUGAGCGCAAGGCGCGAAUGCAUGAGCGCAUUGCCAAGCAAUAUCAAGAUGCUAUUCGAGCACACCGAGCAGGACGGAAAGUCAACUUUGCUGAGUUGCCUGUUCCUCCAGGAUUUCCCCCCAUCCCUGGCCUGGAGCCCACUAUGGGUGUUAAGGAGGACACAGUGGCAGCAACAUUGGCAGCUGCAGAGAAACUGGCCUCUGCAGAGGAUGCAGCCCCGGCUGAUGAAGAUGAAGAUGAGGGCGAACCCCCAGCACAGGCCCCAGUGGCCAAGAGACCUGCACGGCCUGCAGUCCCUUCAUCCCAGCCCCUGCCUGAGCCCAAGGCCUCAAGUUCUAAGGAGUCACCAAGUCCAUCUGUGCGGGAGCAGCUGGCACUGCUGGAGGCACGGAAACUGCAGUACCAGCGGGCAGCCCUGCAGGCCAAGCGAAGCCAGGACCUGGAGCAGGCCAAAGCCCAUCUGCGAGUGGCCAAACGUCUUGAGGCUCAGAUCAUCCAGGCCCGAGCUGGCAGACCCAUUGAUCUAUCCAAGGUGCCUUCACCCUUGACGGAUGAGGAGGGUGACUUCAUCCUCAUCCACCACGAGGACCUGCGACUCUCCCAGAAGGCCGAGGAGGUGUAUGCCCAGCUGCAAAAAAUGCUUCUGGAGCAACAAGAGAAGUGCCUGCUGUUCUCCAAGCAGUUCAUGCACCAGGGCAACGUGGUUGAGACCACCCGAUUUGAGAAGCUUGCUCAAGACUGCAAGAAACAGCUGGAGAUACUGCAGCUGGCCCAGGCUCAGGGCCUCGACCCUCCCAGCCACCACUUUGAGUUGAAGACAUUCCAGACUGUGAGGAUCUUCUCAGAACUCAACAGCACAGAAAUGCAUCUGAUCAUUGUCCGGGGAAUGAACCUACCAGCCCCUCCAGGGGUGACUCCUGAUGACCUGGAUGCUUUUGUGCGGUUUGAGUUUCACUACCCUAACUCGGAGCAGGCUCAAAAAAGCAAAACAGCUGUGGUGAAGAACACAAACUCUCCAGAAUUUGAUCAACUCUUCAAACUAAACAUCAACCGAAACCACCGGAGCUUCAAGAGGGUGAUCCAGAGCAAAGGCAUCAAGUUUGAGAUCUUCCACAAGGGGUCCUUCUUCAGAAGCGACAAGCUGGUUGGCACAGCACACCUGAAACUGGAGCGGCUGGAGAAUGAGUGUGAGAUCAGAGAAAUUGUGGAGGUCCUAGAUGGAAGGAAGCCCACCGGGGGAAAGCUGGAGGUGAAGGUGAGGCUGCGGGAGCCUCUGAGUGGCCAGGACAUGCAGACGGUCACUGAGAACUGGCUGGUCCUGGAUCCCAGGGGCUUGUGAGCCGAUGGUGAGCACCAGGAGAGAAGUCAGGCCGCGACUGUGGAGGAGUUGACUUUCCCAGCUUUGCUGGCUUCAGAAGCUUUUGUACAUAAGAGAGAUGCUGCUACCCAAGCACCAAAGACCUGUUAAGCAUGUGCACUACUGACCACGACCCUGGUCUUUCCUGUUAUUGGCCCCUCUCGGGCUUCUACAGAAAGAGGCUGGGUUUCCAGGCACCCAUCUCCCCUCUGUCUCCCCCUGCCCCCAGUCUGGAUGAGGGCAAGGACACCUUUGUUGCUGUAUGCCAUGGAGUCCUGCAGCCCCUUAAUUCCUGCGUGGCAAUUGUGUGCAGCUUACAUCUGCCUCCAGUUGCGCCAUUUCUAGAUGUGCCUUUAAAAGAUAUAACUGGGAUGGGAGAACUUGAGGAUGAUUGGGAACCUCCCCUGAGGGUGGGGUCAGGGUUCCAUGACUCCUGUGGGCCAGUGCUAGCCUGUCCCAGACACCUCUGUUGCCCCAGCUCUGCGUGUGCCUUUGUCCCUGACAGCUGCUGCGCCAGCCUUCCUGCUUCCCUAAGGACUUAGUGGGGGAGGAAAGUUGUUUUUGGUACUACUUGGUGGGAAGUAAGGGGAAGGUUGGAUCUUGGGUUUGGUCCACCCAAGAAAAAAGACUGUUAACUGGAAGGAAAAUAUAUACAUAUAAUUUUAUGUA